CGUUCUGCAUUCUAGUGUGCAUCCCACAGGUACGCAGAUAUGACUCUAUAGCCUCCACAGAUGUGUGUGGACUCGUACGAGGAGUUCAGAUCCCGCCCUGUUGCUGACACGGUCAGAGACUUUAAUCAGGACGAGGAGCUGAACCCUUGAAAUCUAGGCGUUUUCACUCGCUAAGAUUCACGAAUUCAUACAUUUUGAGCUCAAAGGAGGCUGGGACAGAGUUGAUUCUUCUUCAGAGUCUAAAUCAGAAAAACUUGGAAGUAGGAAGUGAUUAUCAGUCUGAGCUCGGAUCGAGGAGUGGGCAGCGAUGAAGUCCAAGAGGUUGCUAUGCCUGUUCCUGUUCAUGUUUGUAGUGUACAGCACCUGGGGAUAUGUUGAGGCAGCUCCCAUCUGCAUCACGCUCAAUACAAUACAGAAGUGCCAAGCUGGUAAUUUUUUCGGAGAGAUUACUCAAUGUUGCCCGCCUGCCGCGUACACCAAGGGUCCAGUUGUGGACUUUAUCCCCAAGCGCGAUCGUCACCCUGGCCCGCUUCGAGUCAGGAAGGCUUUGCAGUGCUUGAGUGGAGACGAGCUCUCAAGUUACAGUGAGAAACUGUGGAAAGCGUACGAGUUGAUGCAAGCGCUACCCCAGGACGAUCCUCGGUCUUUCUACCAGCAGAAUGCCAUGCAUUGCGCUUACGGAAGUGGAGCCUUCGUGCAGGAUGGCACGGGCAACCUCACCAUCGACAUCCACUUCAACUGGUACUUCUCGCCAUGGCAUCGUAUGUUCCUGUACUUCCACGAGAGGAUUCUGCAAUCGCUGCUGGAUGACCCGACCUUCACUCUGCAUUUCUGGAAUUUCGAUAACAGCUUUGACGCUGAGAAGGCUAACCGUAACAAGGAAGGCUGCUUCAGAGUGGGACACUUCUUCCCUGAGCUGUACAGCGACCCUUCGAAAUCCACGUUCCAUGCCAAUCGUUCCGUGAGACCCUUCACAGCAAACCUUCCAGCUGACUUGAGCAUUCUCAACAGAAGCGAGACUCCGCUGCGUUUCGUGAGCGAGGCGGUGCCGAGAAACAAAGAAGUGAUGCACAGAUCAAUGCAGCCGGGCAAGUCUCCUCUGGAUUUUCACGGAUGGGAGUUUAAGUACGGGCAGCCUCAGAACCUGAAUAUUUCCGGGGGAGGCUCUCUGGAGUUCCUUCCUCACAACAGCAUCCACAGGUGGAUCGGAGGAUCCACUUCUUUGACGACCCAUGCCCCCGAGGAUCCCAUCUUCUAUGUGUUCCACUCAAAUCUGGAGAGAUUGUGGGACGUGUGGCAAAGGCUCGGGGGCGGCAGAAAAGACCCGUCCAGUCCAGAUUGGUUGGACGCAGAGUUUCUGUUCUACGAUGAGAAUGCUGUUCUGAGGAGGGUAAAAGUGAAAGACUCGCUGGUCAUGAAGGAUUUCGGUUACACCUAUGAGAGAGUGUUCGAUGAAAGCUGGCUCUUCUUCGACAACUCCACCCUCACUCCCGUCAAGCCUUCAAACUAGACAAUUGACAGCUCUGACAGCGAUUCCAACAUGUCAGAUGCGCAAGGAAUGCCAUCAGUGAUCACUCGUGCAACAUGUAGCGCUUUUCUACCUUAUAGCUUUGCCAAUCCCUUGAAGGAACCAGUGCACUUCCGCAGUGAAACUGUGAAUUGUUUUGUAGAUUUUCGAGCCAGGGAGAUUACAGCUAUUGCUUCAAUAACCAGGAACCCUCAUUCCUGAAUACUCGACUGGAAAAUUCCAACAUGUACAGCAUGGCUGUUGUAUUAAUUUCAUGACCUGGAACGAUGAGCAUUCCAUCGAUCCAGAUCAUGUUUUAACGGGAUGACUAAUUUUCGCGAUGCCCAUAA